AUGAAGCCACUGGGAACAAGUCUACCUGAAGACUUAAAGGCAGCCAGAAAGCUCCUCAAACCUCAGGUGGAGAGACGCAGGAGGGAGAGAAUGAACCGCAGUUUGGAGACGCUGAGGAUGCUGUUGUUCCAGGGGCCACGGUUCCAGGGUCACGCAAGCCGUAGGAUAGAGAAAGCCGAGAUCCUGGAGCACACUGUCGUUUUCCUGAAGAACCGUGACCAAGCAAGAGCAGGUGAACACAGAUCACGACAGCACAUCCAGGAAGGGUUUUCAGCUUGUCUGCAACGAGCUGCUAGAUUCCUGCACAGUAGGGGGGAGCUCAAGCAGGCACAGAUUGAUCAGGACACCAAGGCCUCCCGUUGGCCCACGGGCCCUGAAAGACGAGCAAAUCCUGCGGUCCCGGCUCGCUCGCUUCACAACCGGGUCGUGGCGCCAUCUGUCCAGUUCCGCUGUCGGAAGCCGGUCGGUACGAAUCAUCGGUUCUUCCACCACAGAAGUCCUCCGGCACGCGGAGAUCCCAGCAUUCCUCAGCAUCUUGAGAGAAAGGUGUCCGCAUCCUCCUGCUACCCCACUGACAGGACCAGUCAGGAUGUGUGGAGACCCUGGCCAUGA